CACUGAAAGUUAUUCAACGUGUAUCUGAGGUUGGUCAAUUUCUGCUUGUAAAAAAUAAUGGCGACUCUUCUACAGCGACAUCGUGUGUUGCUUCGCGCCAGUCAUCUUUCACCCGCUAUUUCUGCCUAUUUUAACCGAUUCUCCAGCCUUGUAAUACGUAAAGAUGGAGAUCAUAGUCACACGUCACAACCGCUACGGAAGUUUGGUUGUGGAAUACAGUGUUUCUCGAGUCAUACACAGGGAGCUAUGGCAUUAAGUGAAAUAAAGCAUGCAGAUUUACAAAUUGUCAACACAACAGCACCAAAAAUGAAACCAGAUGAUGAUGCAUUAGUGUUUGGUCAAAGCAUUUCUGAUCACAUGUUGAUUUUAGAAUGGGAUAUUGAUGAAGGCUGGAAAAAACCAGUGAUCAAGCCUCAUGAAAAUCUACUGCUGGAUCCAUCUGCAUCUGUCUUUCAUUAUGGAUCUGAGAUUUAUGAAGGUUUGAAAGCAUACAGGGGAGCAGAUCGCAAAAUUCGUCUUUUUAGACCCAUGGAAAAUUUGAAGAGGUUUUGGAACUCAGCAAGAAGAAUGGCUUUGCCUACAUUUGAUAAAGAAGAAUUGUAUAAAUGCCUAGUGGAACUCGUACGAUUGGACCAAGACUGGGUACCAUAUUCACAGUCUUGCUCGCUCUACAUACGGCCCACGUUAAUUGGAACAGAGCCCAGCCUUGGCGUCAAAACUCCGUCGUCCGCUAUGCUGUUUGUCAUCACCUGCCCUGUUGGUCCGUACUUUAAGUCUGGAACAUUCAACCCUGUCUCUUUGUUGGCUGAUGAGAAAUAUAUAAGGUCUUGGCCUGGUGGUGUUGGCGAAGUAAAAGCCGGUGGAAACUAUGGUGCUACUGUUUAUAUACAAGGACAAGCUGAAAAACAAGGCUGCAAUCAAGUUUUGUGGCUAUUUAAUGACCAGGUAACUGAAGUUGGGACUAUGAAUCUUUUUAUGUACUGGAUCAAUGAUUCUGGGGUUGAGGAACUCAUUACCCCGCCAUUGGAUGGCCUUACACUUGCUGGUAUAACACGCAAGUCCAUUUUAGAAUUAGCAAGAAGUUGGGGUGAAUUCAAGGUGUCUGAGAGAAUGUUUACCAUGAAGGAUCUAUCGAUAGCCGCCAAAGAAGGAAGGAUUAAAGAAAUAUUUGGUUCAGGAACGGCAUGUAUGGUUUGUCCAGUAGAUAGGAUUCUCUACAAAGGAGAACAAUUGCAUAUUCCAACAAUGGAGAAUGGCCCGGAUCUAACAAAACGCUUCUACCAAGAGUUAAAUGAUAUUCAGUACGGUCGUCAAGAACACGAAUGGACUGAGAUUAUAUCUUAAAAUUGAAAAGCCGUCAUGCAAUAGAAAUGUUUCAACGCUUCUCUAAGUCUAUGUAAAGAGAAUGAUGGCAAAAGCUGCGCAAAUUUGAAAAUUUUGCAAUUCAUUCACGGACUGUAACGCCCUCUCGGAUACAGAACUGAAAACAUAAACACCUUUUUCAAUGAACAAGUGCAUCAAAAAAGAAAUGUGGUAAAAUGAAAAAAAGCAUCAUGUAAAAUACGACUUUUAUCGAAAAAAAAUAGAUAUUUUUUAAAUCUGUUUUAAAAAUCGAAAAGAAUCG